GCGGGUCCUCUGGGUGGUUACAAUGCCGUGGGAGACCUGUCCGCCGCUCAUUAGCCCGUGCGAACACUCGAGACCAAGUUGAAGUUUGUGAACAGGACAACUGCGCCGCAGACAGCAACAAGAUGCCUGACACAGCAGAAGGGCUCGCAGCAAUCCAGUCCAGUCGCCGAAAUGUCACCAUUGAAAUAUCCAACCAGACGAGCAACUGCUGUCUCAUUGAACCAAACGUUUUCAUGGACAGCGGUGACGUCCACAGCCCCCCAGCGCCCAGUGUCCGCCCCCACAGGGUUGAGCUCUGCAACUUCAAUAAGACCUCAGCCAAAACCUCGGGUGCAGUGGGAGUCCUGACCUAUGACGUGAUGUUUAAGAACUGCCGGGAUAUCACCAAAAGGAUCGCCAUCAUGUUCUCUGUGCCCUAUGACCAAAACCUCUACAAGAACUGGUUCGGUCUGGGGGUCUUCUGCAAGGAAAAGCUGUGUGACAAGAAGCUUUUCGAUGAGAUGUACUACAACAAGGAGCAGUGUGGCUUUGUGCGACAGGAGUGCAACGGUUGCAGUCUCACAUUUACAGGGGAUUAUUUGGUAGUGAAGGCCACCAUGGGCCCGAUGGGGAGAUCCAUUAUGAAGGUGGAGAUCUGGGAGAAGUAACAAAACUGAACAACAAUAUUGUACGGAACCAAGUUUUGGUCCUUGAAUAAAGUCUAAACAAACAAGACAUUUCUUUACUUUAAUUAAAGUCACUAUGAAGCCAAAGUGGCAAAACAA